AUGGCUGGGGCUGACAACUCAUAUUCCCCUACUGACAGUUCGUUGGACAAGGCUAAAAUCAUCCCGAGAAAGACCAUGUCCGGUAUCGAUGUUGUGGGGCACAAUUUACCCCCUUCUCCAGCGCCCUCCAGCCCGAAUGCUGGUAGGCGAUAUGCGCUGGCGACGGAGCUAGUAUAUACAGAAGGCAAUGACCAGUUCAAUUCGAGCAGCAUGCCCAUUUACCAGAGCGCAACCUUCAAACAAACUUCUGGCUCUGGCGGUGGAGAAUACGACUACACACGAUCCGGAAACCCCACUCGAACACACCUAGAACGACACCUGGCCAAGAUCAUGUCCGCCGAACGAACCCUGGCGGUAUCCUCCGGCAUGGCAGCGUUGGAUGUGAUCACUCGCCUCCUCACGCCUGGUGAUGAAGUCAUUACCGGUGACGAUUUAUACGGUGGUACAAAUCGGCUCCUGAAAUACCUCUCCACGCAUGGCGGCAUCAUCGUCCACCACGUCGAUACCACCCGACCAGAGAAGGUGGCGGAAGUCUUGUCAGCAGCAACAAAGUUAGUAUUACUGGAGACGCCUACAAAUCCACUGAUCAAGAUUGUCGAUAUCCCUCAAGUUGCAGCAUUGGCACAUGAAGCAAACCCCGGCGCCCUUGUCGCAGUCGAUAACACCAUGCUCUCCCCACUCCUUCUCAACCCACUCAAUCUGGGUGCCGACAUCGUCUACGAGAGCGGAACAAAGUACCUGUCAGGUCACCACGACUUGAUGGCUGGCGUAAUCGCCGUCAACGACAUAUCCCUAGGCGAAAAAUUAUACUACCCCAUCAACAGUUCUGGCUGCGGCUUAUCUCCCUUUGACUCCUGGCUGCUCCUCCGUGGCGUCAAAACACUCAAAGUCCGCAUGGAACAACAACAAUCCAACGCGCAGCGCAUCGCUGAGUUUCUCGAAGAACACGGCUUCCGUGUCAGAUACCCGGGCCUCAAAUCACAUCCACAAUACACACUUCAUCACUCCAUGGCCCGGGGGUCGGGGGCUGUGCUCUCCUUUGAGACAGGUGAUGUUACGAUCAGUGAGCGGAUUGUGGAGAGUGCCAAGCUGUGGGCGAUCAGUGUCAGCUUUGGAUGUGUGAAUAGUCUUAUUAGUAUGCCGUGUCGUAUGAGCCAUGCGAGCAUCGAUGCGAAGACGAGGAAGGAGAGGGAUAUGCCGGAGGAUCUGAUCCGGUUGUGUGUGGGGAUCGAGGAUGUGGAUGACCUGAUUGAUGAUCUGAGACGGGCGCUUGUUCAAGCUAGCGCCGUAAAUCUAUCCUUAGACGAUUUCCAAGCCAUAAGCCAACCCCCGGCCUAA